UCUUCACAUGGUUAAUUCUGGCUCUUCUCAGGGCUGAGCAGAACUUCCACAGCUUACUGUGAGCGGCUUUACAGCAGCUCUGUCUCCAGAGCAGGAGGUCCAACAGUGGGCUGUGUAGAGUCUCGCUUGUGUCUUUAGUGGAUCAGAGUCCAGAUUAGAAACUCGUGUUUUUCUGAGUUGAGCUCCUCGUGGCUGUGCUCUGGCCGCCAGAUGGCAGCAGUGAUCGCUGAGGAUAAUGUGUACAGGGAGGCCGAGCUGCAGGCGGCGCCCCCUGCUGGCGGACUUGAGGAACCGCAGCCUGUAGGGAUGGACGGUAACAUUCAGGGGCAGGGUGAGGAGUUUCUGGGGCCGCACCCGGACUAUGAUGAGGAAGAGGAGGAAAGGAAGUAUUAUAGGAGGAAGAGGCUGGGCGUGGUUAAGAACGUGGUUGGAGCAAGCUUUGGGGGCAUGAUCAUCUACAGUGUUUACAUGGGUCUUCUGCAGAUGCAGUUAAUCCUGCACAAUGAUGAAACUUACAGAGAGGUGAAGUACGGAAGUCUGGGCCUGGAAGACAUCGACAAUAAGAUGCUGAUGGGCAUAAAUGUCACUCCUAUUGUAGGCCUGCUGUAUACACCUAUACUCAUACGGUUUUUGGGCACUAAGUGGAUGAUGUUCCUCGCCUCUGGAAUUUAUGCUCUUUUUGUCUCAACCAAUUACUGGGAGCGUUAUUAUACCUUGGUACCGUCAGCCGUGGCCAUUGGUGUGGCCAUAGUUCCACUGUGGGCCUCCAUGGGGAGCUACAUCACAAGGAUGGCUCAGCAGUAUUAUGAAUAUGUGAACUAUAAGGAGGAACAUGUGCAGGAGCAGAAGAGAUUGCCGAAGGGAGCGUGCCAUCAAUAUGUCAUCAUUUUCCAGUCAGUCUUCUACAUCUUCUUUCAUCUGAGUUUCGUAUUUGCCGAGUUCCCCAUGAUUCUCUUCCUCAAUGGAUUUCUUAGUGACUACAACCACACUCUCUUCAACGUCAAGCAUUGUGGUGCGAAUGGGAAGGGCAUCAUUGACGGUUUCAACAAGACUGUCCUGAUCACGUUGCCCCGCUCCAAACUCCUCAUCGCAGUAGAGAGCGUUCUGAUGGGAGCUGCUUUCAUCGGCAUGAUCAUAUUUCUGGCUGUGUGUGGUGCUGCGUAUCGGCCCACAGAGGAGAUCGACCUGCGCAGCAUUGGCUGGGGCAACAUCUUCCAGAUGCCCUUCAAACACCUGAGAGAUUACCGUCUGCGCCUGCUCUGCCCUUUCUUCAUCUACUCUGGCUUUGAGGUGAUCUUUGCUGUCCAAGGACUUAUUCUGUCAUAUGGUGUGUGUGGUGUGGGGAUGGAGAAGCUGUGGUUGUUGGUGAUGGUCUAUGGGCUGUCGGCUUCUGCGUGUUCAUCCAUCUCCAUGGCCUUCUUGCUGAGGCGUUUGCCCCGGCAGGUGAUGCUCCUGGGUGGGGCUUCAGUUCACCUGGUUCUUCUAAUUGCCCUCAUGUGCUGGUCCACCCAACCCAGACACCCAGAACAGCUGCCUCAACUACUGGUGCUGGCUGCCCUCUGGGGCCUGGGCACUGCGCUUAACAAGACUGGACUGAGCACACUGCUGGGAAUGUUCUAUGAGGAUAAAGAGCGAUUAGACUUUGUCUACACCAUCUACCACUGGUGGCAGGCCAUAGCCAUCUUUAUCGUCUACCUCUGGUCUGCUCUGCCUAUGAGGGCCAAGCUUGCGAUCCUGUUGGUUACUCUGCUGGUGUCAGGCUUGUGCUAUUGGCAGAUGGAGCGUCGCUUAGCCAAGAGAAUUGGUUUCAGGUUGCCACGGAUUCCCCGUCCGCGACACAAGGUCAAAGGUUACCGUUACCUGGAGGAGGAGAACUCUGACGAGUCCGAUUCAGAAAAGAGCGACGUGGAGGGUGAGGAAGACGAGGAGGGGCAGAGUGAGGAAGAGCGGGAGGAGGACGCGGGAUCACAGGGUUCUGAUUCGCCCUGGCGUGAGAGGGGUGGGGUAAGAGGACGCCGACAGAGACGAGAUGAUGCUGCGUACGAGCAGGCUGGAGAACAGGAGGAUUACGUCCAGGCCACAUAGAGUAGAUAGAGCACUGCCUUCUUACUUUACAGCAGAACAGGUUCUCAGUCAGUGUGUGUGAGUGAACAAGUGAAUGAAUGAAUUGAUAAAUGAGUGAUUGAAUGAGUGAGUCAUUUGUUUUUUACAUUUAAGAAUGUGUUCAGUUUAUAAACGAGUUAAUAAUGUAUGGAUGAACCAGUAGGUUUAUGAAUGAAUGAAUAUUUAGAAUUUCUGUAGGAUGGCAUUAUUAAGGGAACUUACAAAUAAGUGAAUGGUUAAAUGGGUGAAUGAGUGAACAGACAAUCAAUAAGGUGAAAGAAUGAAUAAGAGUAAUUGAAAAUGGAUAAAUGACUGAAGGAAUUAAAUUGAUUUUUAUUUAAAAAGUAUUAAAUGUAUGAAUGAAUGAAUGGAGGACUGGAAUUAGUUUAUAUUCAUUAGAAAUUAAAAUCUUAUUGAGAAUGAAUACAUGAGUGGGUAAAAGUAUAAACCCAUGUUAAAUUGAACGGAUGAAAAUUAUUUUAUAUUUAAUAUGAGUGUGACACAAAAAGGGAAUGUGUUCUCAGUUCACAUACACGUGAAAAAAUGUAAUAGAUGAAUUAAUUAGUUAAUUAAUAUAUAGGACUUAAGUAAAAGUGUGGAUGAAGAAAUCAAUUGAAAAGUGAAUAAAUAAGUGAAUAAAACAGAUUGGUUUGCAUUUAAAAAUAAAUAAAUAAAUAGGUGAAAGUGAGAAUGUGUGAAUGAGUAAGUAGGUGAAUGGAUGAAUGAGUGUGUGAGAGAGUGAGUGAGAUAGAUUAAUAGAUGGAUGAGUGCAUGAGUGGAGAGGUUUUUGAAGGGAAAGUUACAUUUCUGAAGGGAAAGUUUCAGAGACUUUUAGGAGAACUGUCUAGCUUUGCCACAUUAAUAAAGAAUGAGCUUGUUCUUAUCUGCAGGGCAUGAAAGACCCUGAGGUACUGACCGAGAGAAAAGGAGAAGUUUUACAAGGUUUUCAGUGAAGUGAAAACCGGAAGUUGCCGGUACCUUAUAUGGCCAGGUGUCCGAUGUCUGUAGAAACAGGUUAUCUGAACUGCUGGCCAAUGUGAUACACAGGAGGUUAUCAUCUUCUGUGUUUUUCUCUCACUUCCUCUUUUUCAGUAAAUGCUGUUUCAAACUCGUGUUUUCUUACUGACGCAGUUUAAGGAAGUAUGUGUUUAAAUAACUCAGUUGUUUCAGUUUCUAGAAAGAUUGCGUUUCUUUUCCUCCCAUGUUCUGAAAUGCUCUGUGUUCUGUAAGUUUUAUGUUUGUAUGUUUUAUAAAUAAACUGGUACGCAUUUGUAAA